GGGUUGGGAAGGGGGUGGGGCAGAGAAGGUGAAGAGGAGGAUGAGAGGCUCAUGCUUUCUGGAGGCUGGGUGUGUUUCUUUCUUUUCCGGCUACUGUUAUCAAUGUGGUGAGCACAUCCCUUCAGCUGAGUGCCCUGGAGAGGAAGCCAAGGGCUUCCUGUUGUCUUACCAAUGCUGCAAAAUGCAAGUUAGAAAUAAAGAAAAAAAGGGGAAAGAGGAACAAAAUGGGAAGUUCUUGUGGGUAGGUCAGGAGCUGCCAGCCUCCAGGAGGAAACCCAGCUCACUUCUUCCUGGAGCUAGAGAGGAAGAGGCACAUCCAAUUAAAAUUGGAGAUUUUAAGAGGAAAGCUAAGGAAAUAUAGAAAGAUACUGCCAAAGUUAUAUACCUAGCCUCCAUUGUGUUGUUGUUGUUAAUUGCUACCAGGUCAGCCCCUGACACAAUUUGUUGUGGCUUAUAGGGUUUUCAUUGGCUGAUUUUCAGAAGGAGAUCACCAGGCCUUUCUUCCUAGUCUGUUUGGUCUGGAAGCACCACUGAAACCUGCUCAGCAUCAUAGCGACAUGUAAGCCUCCACUGGCAGAUGGGUAGUGGCUGGAGGUGAGGUGCGUUGGCCAGGAAUAGAAGUCGGCGCUCCUGAAUGGAAGGCAUAAGAACCACUUGUUCUGAAAUUAUUUUGAGGCACGAAGUUUUGAAAGAUGGUUUCCACAGAGACCUUUUAAUAAAAGUGAAAUUUGGAGAGAGCAUUGAGGAUUUACAGACGUGCCGACUCUUAAUUAAACAGCAUAUCCCAACAGGACUAUUUGUGGAUCCAUAUGAGUUGGCUUCAUUACAAGAGAGAAACAUAACUGAGGCCAUGAUGGUUUCAGAAAAUUUCAAUAUAGAAGCCCCUAACUAUUUGUCCGAGGAAUCUGAAAUUCUCAUUUACGCCAGACAAGAUUCCCAGUGCGUUGAUUGUUUCCAAGCCUUUCUGCCUGUGCACUACCGCUAUCAUCGGCCACACAGUAAAGAUGGAGAAACCUUUAUUGUGGUCAAUAACCCAGAUUUAUUGAUGUACUGUGACCAAGAGUUUCCAAUUUUGAAAUGUUGGGCUCAGUCAGAAGUGGGAGCUCCUUGUACUUUGAAGAAUAAAGAUACCUGCCAGUGGAAUAAUAUGAAAUAUAAAUCAGUAAAUAAGAAUGUGACACUACGGGUUCCAGUGGGCCUGACCGUACAUACCUCUUUAGUGUGUUCUGUGACUCUGCUUGUUACAAUCCUGUGUUCUACGUCGAUCCUUGUGGCUGUUUUCAAAUAUGGUCAUUUCUCCCUAUAAGUUUUUGAAGCUGAACACUUUCCAUAAACCUAAAAAAGACCUAUUCAUUUGUGACUAGAAGUGUUUUUCUAAAAUUAUGUGAUUACUUUUUUAAAAAUGUAUUUAAUAGAAUUAUGACUGCAAUUAUGUUUACUAGAGGAAACUUAAUUGUUCUCAGCUGAUUCCAAAAUUUAGCGUUCUGUUGUGUAGAUUCUUGAUAAUCCUCAAACAUCAAGUGCCAAUAGAGGAAACUUAAUUUUGUUAAAUUAACAUCUAUUUUAUGAGAAUAUCUUCAUUUUGGACAAAUGAGACAGAUCAUUCUCUUUUUGUGAGACGGAACCUUCAAUUUAAGAUAAAAAUUGAGAAAACCAUUAUAAAUAAGAAAAAAAUAAUUUGGAUGAAUCAGAAGCUUACUUGAACUUUAAUUUCCUGAGAAUAUUAAGGCAUUUAUCCAGAGUUUCAAAGAAAACUAUUUAAAUAGGUCCGCUAAGUAAUUAUUAAUAUCAUAAUUGACUUUAAGAUGAUUACAGCAUCUCCAUUCUCCUUUCACAUUUUGUAGUUUUUUUUUUUUUUGAUGUAUGAAUUGUCAAAGGACUUGAUGAAACUAAGUACUAAGGUUUAAUAUAUAUGUGUCAGGAAGACAACUGAGGUUGUCAUUUUAGAGGGUAUAUUUUAUUAAGUUUUACAUUUACAAAAAAAUGGAAUCUACAAGUGAUUUAAAAAAAAAACAAAGGGUCUUGAUUUACUGUUACAGUAGGGGAAAAAAAAAAGAGUAAGUGCCAUAGGUUAAUUAAGAAAUAAAAUUUUAGGGCAAGCACAUUCCAGGAUAGAAGUCAGUAAACCAGGUAUAUUGGCACUGUUUAUGUAGAGUAAUGUAUAAUACAUUUAUAUAUGCUAUGACUGCUUAACGUCCUAAAACAUUCUAGUGUUUUUAUGGAAAUAAAUCUCUUUAUAAUUUGACAUGUACGGCUUGACUAGUCAGAGCAAUUCUUCUUGAAGUUGUGUUUGACACAGUACUGAAAAAGGCAAUCCAAUGCCAUGUCAUUGUUGUUAGGUGCCAUUGAGUCAGUUCUGACUCAUAGCAACCCUGUGUACAACAGAACGAAACACUGCCCUGUCCUGCACCGUCCUCACAAUGGUUAUGCUUGAGCCCAUUGUUGCAGCCACUGUGUCAAGCCAUCUCCUUGAGGGCCUUCCUCGUUUUUGUUGACCCUCUAGUUUACCAACCCUGAUGUCCUUCUCCAGGGAUUGGUCCCUCCUGAGAACAUGUCCAGAGUCCAUGACAGGAAGUCUCUCCAUCCUUGCUUCUAAGGAGCAUUUUGGCUGUACUUCUUCCAAGACAGAUUUGUUCGUUCUUCUGGCAGUCCAUGGUGUAUUCAAUAUUUUUCACCCACACACUAAUUCAAAGGAGUCAAUUCUUCUUCGGUCUUCCUUAUUUAGUGUCCAGUGCUGUAAAGCAGAAAUAUUAAGAGAUCUUUAAAAUGAUUAACCCAGUCUGUUUACAUAGACUGAAAGAAUUUUGUAUAUUGAAAGAAGAAAGUGUUCCCUCUUUUACAAGCAUUUCUUCUUCUAUGGGAUUAAUAAGGUGGCAUUGAAAUGGAAUUAUAUGUAAGUGAAAUUCAGUAACAUCAACAGACAACAUUUUGGAAUAUGGUUAAACAGAUGAGGGAACAUGGUACUGUUUAACCUCUUUUAAUAGUGUGUAUAUAUAACUUUUUUCUUUUGCACAUCAAACCAAAUUUUACUGAUAUUUAAACAAGCUUUCAAGUUAAUAUUUGGGAUUUUGUCUUGGAACAUAGUUCAGUCAUUUACUCAUUUAUACAGGUAUUCAGAAGUGUAAUAAAAAAUACAAGUGUGAAUGAAGAAAACUUUGAUCUGACUCUUCUUGCCUGAAAAAUGGUUACAGAUGUCUUUGCUUUUGAUACAGUAAAACAUUUCUGGUUUGACCUCUUUAUUCAUGAUUAUAUUAUCUUCUUUGGAUACUUAAAAAAUGAAUAAGCACUUUAUUUUUAAAUCAGUUUUGCAACCUUAGUUAUGCCUUGGAAAGGAUGUUCUAUUUUACCCAGCAUUUUUGUGUGUUUUAUGAUGGGAAGAGUUUUUAGGUUAUCUAAUAGUCUGCUCUAUCAUUCCUUGAUUCUUUUUUCUCCUGUACCCUCCAUGUCAAUUGAGAAUUUUUGCUUUACUAAGAUAAGCACAAUCUGGGUACCUCUCUCCAUUUCCACUGCUAUCUGCCUAGUGCAAGUCGUAAUUAUUGCCUCCCUAGUUCAUUUCCCUUCUAUUCUUGAAUCUCUGUACUCCAUUUAACAGUCUAGUGAUCUUGAAGUGUAAACAAGAUAACUUCACUUCUCUGCUCAAACCCUUUAAUUAGCUUCUUAGAAUAGUCUGUGCUCCUUACCGUGGCAUUUAAGGUCCUUCGUGACCUGAAUCUCAUCUACUCUAGUGUUUUCUCAUACUACUGUAUCCUUCUUGCACUAAGCUCCAGCUACACAGACCUUCUUAACCUAAGGCUGCAAGCCUUUUUCUUCUCCCCUCUGGCUGCAGUGCCUUCCCUUGGGUCCUUCUCACAGCUGUCUCUUUCUCAUCUUUCCGUUCUCGGCUUAAAUGUCAUCUCUUUAAAGAGGCCUUCUCUGGCCACCCUAUCC